GCAGUAACUACAUGUAGCCAGAAGGGGGCGUGCCUACCCCUUGGUUGAACAGGAACCAAAUAAGGAAAUGACGUACUGCACACAUGUCAGCUAUGCUCCUAAAUAGACAGUGGUCCUCCUGACACCGGGACGGUUGAACGUGACUUAAAUAGGGUCAGGGGCUUGGAGCUCAAAGAGGAUGGGGGACAUAUCAGGAGAGCCAAGCUUCUACUCCAAUGCUGAGGGCUACUGGAAGGAGGUUCCACCUACGGUCGACGGCAUGCUGGGAGGCUACGGAAACAUCUCCAGCAUCGAUAUCAAUGGAUCCAAGGCCUUCCUUCGCAAGUUCCUCGGCGAAGGCGAGGGAAAGACAACUGCGGGUUGCGCUCUAGACUGCGGCGCCGGCAUCGGGAGGAUCUCCAAACGUUUGCUGCUGCCACUCUUCAAGACGGUGGACCUGGUGGACGUAACGCAGGAGUUCCUCGACAAAGCUAAGACGUACCUGGGAGAGGAUGGUAAGAGAGUGGGCAACUACUUCUGUCUGGGCCUGCAGGACUUUGUACCAGAGGGUGGACGCUAUGACGUCAUCUGGAUACAAUGGGUUAUUGGUCACCUGACUGACAACCACCUGGUGGAAUUCCUGCGCCGCUGCCACAAAGCCUUGCGGCCCAACGGCCUCAUCGUCAUCAAGGACAACGUGUCUUAUGAGGGUGUGGUCCCGGACGAGGUGGACAGCAGCGUGUGUCGAGACCUGGAAAUAGUUCGCAGUCUGGUGGGCAGGGCGGGCCUGAGCAUUGUCUACGAGGAACAACAAGUCAACUUCCCAAAGGAGAUUUACCAUGUCCACACCCUGGCCCUCCGAUAAGACACGUCUUUCUAAUAUGCUGUGGGACGUUUGGAGUCAACCGUCAUGUUGAUGCAUGGUGGGGUGUUCCCUGCAUCCUUACGUUGUCUCAUCUGACAGUAUUUUUCCAGGCUUUAUUUAUUUUCAACACAUUUACGUGCUUUUUUGUUUCUUUUUUUAAACCGUGACGUCACAAACCGAAACAUGUCUGCAGACAUGGAAGAUGAGGACUUUUAUAAUUCAGCUUCCUGUUUGUAGCCAAUGCUUGAAUGUCACCUUGUGCAUUUUAGACAGUGCUGAAUGUUUUUCAAGGACAUAAAAAGGAGGCGCUAUCUGCUCAAUAAAAAGCACACCGGGAGCCUUUUGUCUCUGUGCAGGUACUACAUCUAACUCUAGUAAACAGUAAGUUCAUCCUCACGAUGCUGCAGUAGUCUACUACUGCAAAUUAUGACACAGGGCACAGCUGGUAGGUACUUACUAGAGUUUUGGGUACUUAAAAAAAAAAUGUAUUAUUGAUGCAGUGUCAGAUUUGAAAUAUUCCUUUAAAGCUUUCAAAUCUUUAGAGUGCAUAGACGUGAUAUGAUGGCUUCACAAGGGAACGUCAGAGCAUUCACCUGCAUCCACCACACAUGGAAUGUGGACUGUGUCGGUCUUGACGCCAUCGGAUCAGGACCAGGUCUCACUCUGGAAUCGUCCGCACGUCUCCAUGGCUGUUAGCAUCUGCUCGGCGUCAUCAGAGGACAGCCCUCCCUCCUGCUCGAAGGCCGCCAUCAGUGCGUCACGCACGGCAGUCGGCAUCUGCUUAGCAUUCCUACACAGAUGUAAAAAAACAAAAAAAAAACACGUCAUCAGUGUUCAGUGAUAUGGAAAUCCACAGGUUUGCGGAGAACUCACCCUGCUAUGUAAAAGUAAGCGCCUUUAUUUACAAUAAGGUCCCAAAUGAGUGCAGCAUUCUCCCUCACACGCUGUUGUACAUACACCUUUUCUUCCUGAAAUGACACAAACACGCAGUUGGCAAAAAACACACAGACAUACACACAUACAGUCUGGACGCAUAGGCAAAAAUACCGUUAUGAAAAUACAA